CAAAACCGCAGAGGCUAUUGCUUAAGAAAUAAAAGUAUAAAGAAAACCAGAAGAGUCUCCGGCUCCAACCCAAAACGGUGACAUCAGUAUAUCACCACCGAUCGAUCUAUACACCACAACCGCUCCAACUCUCUCCUCCCGCCCCACCCCAGCCGGCCAUUCAAAUUCUGAAAUUCUAAAUUCAUUUCUCUCUCUCUCUCUCUCUCUCUCUGAUCAGAAUCUUUCGUCUUCACUCCUCCUUCUCCAACAAGCUAUAAACAAAAGGUUGAAUCGAAAGAACAUCUUCGGAUCCUCCAGAGAAGAAGCGAUUGAUCACAAAGUACUCGUAAGUUGGUAGCGUCCUGAGAUGACGUCACACCAACCGGCCGAGAUCGAUUCCGGGAUCGGAGACUCCGUGACCUUGUCACCUCGAUCGGAAUACCCGCUGCCGCCACUUUCCCAGAGACAACACGAUGAACUGCAACCACGUGUCCGCUUCAUGUGCAGUUUCGGCGGUCGGAUCCUGCCACGUCCUCAUGACAACCAGCUCCGAUACGUCGGAGGGGACACACGUAUCGUCACCGUAAACAGUACCACCAAGUUCUCACCUCUCUUCGCCAAGCUGUCGAAACUCUCCGGCACCAUCGACAUCACCAUCAAAUACCAGCUCCCUAACGAAGACCUUGACGCCCUGGCCACCGUCUCCACAGACGAAGACGUCGAGAAUAUGAUGGAAGAAUAUGACCGUGUCACCCACGGCCCCAGCUCUAAAACUGCUCGCCUUCGCCUCUUCCUCUUCCCCAUCAACGUCUCCAGCUCCAGCAGCCUUAGCUCCAUCAUCGACAUUCAAUCUAAGCGCGUCCGCGAGCAAUGGUUCUUCGACGUAUUAAAUGGCGGUGUCGGCGUUGGCGUUGUAUCCACUACCCACUCUUUGGAUCGUGGCCGCUCCGAAGUCUCUUCCAUCGUCUCCGAAGUCCCUGAUUACCUCUUUGGCUUCGAUAACUCGGACGAGUCGUGCGAGCCCAAAUCGAAAGGGACGCCCGCUUUGACAGAAAAUGUAUCAGUUUCCGACCCUGGUUCGCCGCCCUCCGUUACAUCAAUACCUGAUCUGCCACCCGUCAAGACCAAAAUAGAGGACUCAAAGGAAAGCCGGAUCGAUGCUAUCAAGGAGACAGGGGAACAACCGAUUUCUUGGCAGUACUUUCCGGCAAGUCACUUCCCUGGUACGGCAAUCCGACAGAUACCUGUCUACUACUUCCCCCAUCCGGUUCCGCCGGGAAAAGUCCCAGCUGCAGUAGUGCCGGUGUCGGCAACUUACGUUCAGAGAUUCCCAGUAGGAUUCCCACAUGCGGUUCAAGGUGUGGGUCAGGUGUAUGGUGGGGAAGCUUAUGAGUAUCCACCAGCAGCAACUGGAGUGAUACCCGAAGUGUUGAACCAGCAGGCGUACUACGCAGCGAGAAAUCAAGGAGUGAUUCCUUCUUACACAGCUGCUGCGGUGGUUCCAGCUUCGCCCGACUUGCAGGCAACUACUACUGAGACGAAGACUGGCCGCGUUUGGCAGCCGCAAUGAUAUUUGCAAAUUUUGGUCCCCGGUAUUGCGACUUGUGAGCGUUCGGUUCAAAAUGGUUGACGACUGUUGUUCAUGUAUAACACAGUUGUGAUCACAUUCAUGUUGUUUUGACGUUUCUAUAUUUUCUUUGUCCUCGAAAAUGGAGAAACAGCCCCAAAAGUGUUUGAUAAAAUUGUUCCGUUUCAUCCAUUUCUAGAAACAUAAAUAAAAAAUUUAUGCCUAUUUUGAUCCUA